AAAAAAAAAAAAAAAAAAAAUAGACUAUAUUCCUCCCUAAAAUCUCCUUUUAUUUCUUUAUAGACCUAGUAAUGUUACCACCUUUUUUAAAACAUAAUGUAACUCGGUCGUCUUCUUCCUCAAAACAUCGAAAAAGCCACAGCCUUCUUCAACCAGAUAUGUUAUCUCUCGAGUUAGGAUCUACAACAAAAAAAUACCAUUAUAACAAAGAAAAAAAACCUCCAAAAAGGUCUACUCAACGGCCGUGGCUAAAGGGGCUCAUGGCCCUUUUAUUUAUUCUUUUUAUCUUGACUUACAUUCCGUUUUUCAGAUUGGAUGAAAACAAUCAGUCGUCAUCUAGUCGACAAUCUAAUCAAGCCAACCACAUUGAACGAGAUCAAAUAAUUCUUUAUCGUAUCAUUGGUAAUGACCUGCCUCCUCGUCAUAAAGAAGGUCAAACAUUGUCUAAUUUGCAAUUUAUUUUGGAUCAUGAACCCGAGUUUCCAAAUACCCGUAAGAUAUUCUUAUUGAAUCGUAUUAUUGAUCCUGUCAAUGAAGCAACCAUCAUUCGACUAUUAGAUAGUUAUCAUAUGGAUUAUAUCAGAGUACCUUUUGUCGCUUCGGAAUAUGAGCAGUUAGAUUUUCAAUUAGAAAAAUUUCCUAAUGCAGAUUUCUUUCAUUCGGAUGAUUACAGACGAUUCUCAAAAGUAUCGAAACUAAGAGCUCUAGAUUAUACGUAUCAUGUAAAGAAUUUAUAUGCCAUGAAUAAUAAUGGUGGACGUAAUACGGCUAUUGGACAUGGUCGCAGUAUAGCCAAUGCAAAAUGGAUCAUGCCCUUUGAUGGGAACUGCUAUCUUAGUAAAAAUGCCUUUAAAGAAAUUAAAUCACAACUCGAUAAAUACGGAAAGGACACAAAGUAUUUCGUCGUACCCAUGACACGACUCUUGAAUAAUUCAGUCUUAUUAAAUGGUUUAGAUGAACGACCCAAGACUCCUGAAGAGCCACAAAUUAUCUUUCGUUAUGAUGCUACAGAAGAAUAUAACUUGAAUAUGCGUUAUGGACGACGAAGCAAGUUGGAGUUGUUAUGGAGAUUGGGUGCUUUAGAAAAUAGACGAUUAAACCGUCCUACUGUUCCCUGGGAGCCUAUUGAGCGACCUUAUAGUAAGGACAAAGGUAACUUUAAGAAUAUUGGUUGGGUUUUUCGUCUCUUCUCUGGUAAUCCAUCUCAAGAAGAGAAUAAAAAGGAAGCAUCAUCCAUACGUGCCUUUAAUCGUUUGAUGGCAAUUCAGUCAUCACUAGAUAAUUUAGAUGAAAGUAUAGCUCGGAAACAUUUUCGACAUGAUCGACCCUUUAUCUAUAAUGAAAAACCAAUGCAUCAACUACGUUACGAUCAUUGGACUAAUAGUUAUGAAAUCAAGGAUGCUGUUGACCAUCUUCAGAGUAAAGCGGAUGAAAUUUUAAAAUUAAUUAUACAACGUUUAAUGCCUCUUUCAUCUGUAACAUCAUCAUCAUCAUCAGGUAGUAGUAGCGCUUCUUCUCAUAGCAACUCAGAGAUCAAGGAUGAAUUAGGUCUUAUUGCAAAAAAUGUGACUAUUUUGACAAUGGCCAACUAUUUUACAGGAGAGGAAAAGUAUGGUCGUGCAGCAGCUAAUCUGAUCCGAGUUCAUUUCCUUAAUGAAUAUGCUGUAGAAGACGAUGAUGAAGACGAAUAUAACACGGCUCGUCGUAUACCAGAUGAUAGCCAUCUACUCGACUUUCUCUCUGACCAAGGCUAUUAUUUUCCUAGCCUAAGUCGUGUCUCUCAUGUAGUUCCAAAAUAUAGCAAUCAUAAUCGAAUUUUAAACACGUCCGAUUUGACCAAAACAGAUGUAUCAUCCUUAUUGGACUCUAUCCGUCUCCUACGCCAGCUGCAGCAACUCACACAUAAGGAAUACAUUGAUUUGCAAGCGAUGAUGGCGGAAUUUCUAGAGUAUUUAGUGACUUCACCCACUGGUAUCCAUUUAGCCCAGAUGACGGAUCAUCGUGGAGUAUUGUAUGAUUUGCAAGUGACAGCGAUGGCGGCCUUUACGGAUGAUGUACGAUUGUUCCUAAGGGUCGCUAAUCGAUGUCGUAUGCGUAUCGGGAAGCAAUUCACGACGGAGGGUAAACAGCCUUACCAAGAGAGUUCGACAAGGGGACGUUUGUUAUUAGCAACAACAACACCAAGCGUACAAACAGAAUGGCGAGCCAUGUUGCAUUAUGAGACACUCAACUUACAAUAUUGGGUGUUAUUAGCACGGGGUAUACAGAAUUCAGGGAUCGCAAAGGAUAUUUGGCACUACACGGCUGCAAAUCAGGCACAGAUUUCACAUACAGUUGUAUCUCAUCUUAAACGGUAUUCAGAGGCGUUACCUCAAUUAGAUCUGGAUGAUGCAGAAUUCGUGAAAUCCAGACUACGACCAUUGGCUUACAUGGCGCAUGCAGCUUUUACUCAUAGUUAUUAUGAUGGGAAACUGAUUGAGAACGUUGAAAUUAGAGAGCGUACUGAAAAGGAUAGAUUAUGGAUGUUUCAACAUGUCACUGAUUUUGGAGAACGAUGGGACUUUUCGGAUCAAGAAGAAGAAGAAGAAGAGGACAAUGAUAAUAAAGAUGCGCAUGAUAUUCUUAAACUGAUUCAAGAUGAUAAAGUAAAAGGGCGAUUGGGGAUACCCCCUUUUUGGAUGUUGACCUCUGUUUGAAGAAAAAGAAAUGUAUAUAAAUAAAUAAAUAUAAAUAUUUAUGUAUAAGAGGAGAAAAUUUACAAUAAAAGGGAAUAACUAUACAACAUUAUUUAUGAUAUGAUAUACACAUUAAAUUUAUAUAGUUAAAGGUUAUUUUAUCAAUAAAUAUAAUAUUAUGUCAUUUA